AUGCAUCUGAACACUGUUCGGCGCGCAGUGAGCAUCGUUGCUGACUGCAGGGUCGGCUACCAGCAGGCGGGCAUGGAUUCCAUGAUGGCAGAGUUUUCCGACGUCAGGCGGCCACCCAUGAAUUUUGACAUCUGCAAGUCCGCCACUGCGAAGAAUCCGCUUGCGCUCAAACUACCAGCCUCCGACGACGAGCAUGAUGAGAAUUCGGCCUGGGGCGUGCUGAACAGCAAGAGGGCUGUGCUGGUCGUGUACCCCGACAAGGCCGUCCUGCUGGAUCUGAUCUGCGCCCCAGCUGCCAUAUGA